AUGGCGCUCUGGUUGACCUUGGUCAUUGCUCUCACCUGCUGCAGCGGUCUCGCCGCCCCGGGUCCUGUGGCCUCCUUCACAGCCCUCAGGGAGCUCAUUGAGGAGCUGGCCAACAUCACCCAGGCCCCCCUCUGCAACGGCAGCAUGGUGUGGCAGGUCAACCUGACAGCUGGCUCGUACUGCGCCGCCCUGGAGUCGCUGAUGAACGUCUCUGACUGCCGUGCCAUCCAAAAGACCCAGAGGAUCCUGAGCAAAUUCUGCCCCCACAACCCCUCAGCCAUGCAGGACCCCAACCCACCUGCCCGACACACCAAAAUUGAAGUGAUCCAGUUUGCCAAAGACCUGCUCCAACACUUGAGGAAAAUUGUGCGCCACACGAUGUCCAGCUGA